AUGGUUAAGUUGACCAUGGCCUAUCUGACUGGAAUUGGAUACGACGUCUUGGGUCAGGUUGAGACCACAUCUAGCUAUCAGUACCCUCCUCCCAGCUCUUACCUGGGGUUUGGCCGGCGUCUCCCUGAUCGGACCUAUCGCCAGGCGCCGUAUCGGCUGAUUGUUUGGCCCUCGGCUGCUGUAAGGUACCACUGGUCUCAUGCAAUAGCCGAUUCUUGGUUCAAGGCCAAGGUGACUACCGCGCUAAAACGCCCCUCCCUUCUUGAGCCUCUGAAGCAAUUCCUGUCACGAUAUGGAACAGGGAAUGUACUGAACGAAAUGGAUGUUGUUCAGGGCUGUCGGGUGUGUUUCGUUGCCCCAUACUGUAUGACUCAGAUGGCUUUUAUCCUCACUCAAACUACAGCAGUCUGCCACCCAUCAUGCCUGCGACUGAUCUCACUCACACUGAGCCGGUUGGCGACGGGUGAACCUCGCGGUAGUUUGACUUCUGCAGCCAUGGGCAUUAAACCUUGA